AGUGAGGUUAUUUUCGGCUUCAUACGAAAGUUUGUCGGGUGAUAAUCUUGUUUGGAAUCCUGCGUUCGCGAGAGUCUGGUUUGUGUCGUGUGACUUUAUCCUGUGAUUUUAGCAAGGUUUUAACCCGUGACUGAGAGGCAAACACCAUGGCGAUGGCAAAACCGUGGAAUCCGAUGGAAGACGCCUACAAGAACCAAAACUUUAACAAGUACACCCAAGGACCCGGUGCGGAGUUCGACGAGAAUUUGCAACCCGGCGCGAUGGCAUCAGGUGGCGGCAGGCAGCAGGCGACCGACAAGCGUGACGAGCGGUUCCAGCUGUGCCUGAAGAUGGUCCCCAGCGAUAUGUCCGAGAAGGCGCUGUGGAACCUUUGUGCGCAUUACGGCAAAGUCACCUACGUGAAGCGAUCCCAGAAGACGCCUUUUGUUUUUGUUAGCUUCGCGACGCUCAAUGAUAUGGAACGCUGUCUGGAAGGAUUUCGUCGUGAAAAGCCACAAGGAAUCUGCGCAGAUGUUGCCAAGCAUACUGCGAUGAAGCAAGCCAACAAUCAGACUGCAUCGAACGCAUCAACAGUUGGAUCGGACCGACGAAAAGACAGAGACAGACAUUCAGAUAGCGGUUCUUCAUGUCAACCCGAUAUGACCAACAGGACCAUCAAAGGUCCAUUUACAAAUCCCGAACGAAAACCGCUUGUCGAUCAGAAACCUUUCGUAACGGAAGAAGACUAUCAGAAUUCUGAAUUGAAAGUCGUGGAUCCGGACAGACAUUUCUUAAUCGAACGUGAUAUGCACGAUCGUGAUCGUAAUAAUAAAAACGAGUUUGACGAAGAUACUCAAGGCGGCAGAAAAAUUUACACAGGAAGGGCUUAUUACAAGGAUUCGAGAGAAACUACUGACAAUUUGAAGAGGUUAUCGAUGAAUUCUAAGGGAAGCUACAAUUCUGAGAAGGAUGAAUUUUUCAAGGGCUCCUCGCAAUUUGAUAAAGACGCAGAGGAAAUCAAAUAUUGCAAUCUUUGUAGAAAUAUCGCUGAUAAAGUAUGCCAGCGUUGUGGCGAUUACUACUGUUCGUUGGAGUGUCAACGUAAAGAUUGGAGUCGACAUCGUUUGUUCUGUUUUCCAAUGCCUGAGCUCGUUGCACCAGUUAGUGCAGCAAAUCAUAGUAGCAGUGGACGAACUGAACCACAUUCGCCGAUUCCUAAUUUGAACGAAUCUUUUGAGAGGAAGUCAAAAUAUCAAGGCGGUUCUCAGAACUAUGACAAUCGAAGCGGAGAUAACAGACAGCAGCAACCGCAGCAAAGGCAGCAGAAAUUCCAACCUAGGGAAAAUGCCGACAAUGCUCGUAAUCGAAAUGAUAACAGACCACAAUAUAAUAACAAGUUUCAUGAAGCUAAUAAUCAAGAAAAUCGUAAGAAUGCUAUGAAUCAAAACCAGAAUAGAAAUCAAGGAUUUGAUAACAGAAAGGAUAGGGAUCAUCAUAACAGUUUUGGUAAUCGGAAGGAUAAGGAACAUAUUUCGAGCUUUGAGAAACGAAACGAGCAGGUGGAUAAGCAUGAAGGGAGUGGAAGUGUGGUGCAUAAGGCUGCAAACAAGUCAUUUGAAAACAAAAAACCACAGGAUAGUCCACCCAAGCCGAAACCAAAAAAGCCUAUUGAAAUAGUAAGAGCAGACUAUCCUGAAAGUGGUUCAAUUGUUGCCAUAACUGCUGUGAUCCGUCCAAAUAAAGUAUUCAUUCGUUCAAUGGCAUCUGAGGAUAACGUUGCAUAUGUUAAAGAUAUCAAUCGAAUCAACAACGAAGCCAAAAAUGCCAAGCCUCUCGAAAAAAUGCCAAAAAGAAGUGAUUUAGCCAUUGCAGAUUUUCAAGGUGAAGGAUAUUAUCGCGUUUGCGUGUUAAACCCAGAAAGUGAAGAUCGGAUCACGGUUGCGUAUGUUGAUUUUGGUAAUGUGGAUACCAAGAAAUUGUCUGAAUUAAAGGAAAUUCCAGAAGAGCUUAUAUCGCUCAAAAGGCAUGUUCUGACUUUGAUUUUAAAGGAUGUUGAGGACUUUGAACCUUCUGGCAAGGUAUCGGAAUAUAUGAAUUCAUUUGUCGAUGCGGUCGGAAAGGAUUUGAAGCUUGUUUUCAGCGAAAGGAAUGAGAAAGGACCUCUUGUAGCGGAAUUGAUUGAAGUUUCAACGAAUGAAAGUUUUAAUAAAAUGAUUAAAGAAUUGAGAGAAGUCAAGCCGGCGACAUUGGUGGAUGAACCAGUGUUUUCGACGGAUAUAAAAGUAAAAGUUCUCCCACCAGGAGAAAAAACGACGCUUGUUGUGUUAGAUACUUCACUUAUACAGACUGGUGCAAUUUCAUGUGUUUUGGAGUCUGAUCUGGGAGAAAUUGACAGAAUGACUGCGCUUUUUGCAGAUUAUGUGAAGGAAGCCAAAGGACCGUAUACGCCAAGACCCCAGGAAAUCUGUUUAGUUCAAUACGAUGAUGGUUGUUGGUAUCGCGCCGAAUGUAUUGAAGUUGUGGGCGAUCAGAAUCCGUCGGUCCUUUUCAUCGACUUCGGUAACCUUACAACAGCACAUAUCGAUAAAAUUCGGAAAUAUCCAAGAGAUUUGAUACUUCCAUGUGUGACUGCCACGUGUUUAUUAGCCGGUAUACCAGAAGAAAUCAACAAAACCUUGGCAGAUCGUUUGAAAGAGCUAAUUCCAGUCAACGAUAAAAUUAUAGUGGACAAAGUAGAAGCGGUGGACGAUCAAACAAACGCGAUUCAUUUGUAUGACGUUGUGAAAACUUUGAAAGCUGAAAACCUGUUCUAGGAGAGUUGAACGUAUGCACCCAGAUGUAAAUUGGUAUUUGCCAGUCUUUAUAAGAAUUGAUUUUUUUUAUAUACACGAUUUCGAAUUUUAAUCUCGUUGUAUGUGAGUAUACAUUAAAUUUGAUAAGAUUGAGACAUUAUGAAAGAAAGUAGUUGACGUAUAGUCAAAGACUAGGGAGAGAAAAAAUCUUAUUGCUACGGAAAUAUAUGUAUAAUGUUCAUAUAUACAUUACGAAUUAUGUUAUUUA